AUUUUCUUUUUGUCGUUAAGAAUCUAAAACCUAGCCGACUCACUCACGUUCCUUAUCUUUCAGAGCACGCCGCUACUCUCCAGCGCUUCCGGUACGAAGCUCAGAUCAACAGACUCGCCAGUUAAACGGCAUCGCACCGGCGACAUCCAGCUUUCUAAUACUUUACCCUAAAAAAGGCGAAGACAAUGGCGUCGAGAUUCUGGACUCAGGGUGGUAGUGACACCGAGGAAGAGGAGAGUGAUUUCGAGGACGAAAUUGAGAAUGGUGGAGCUGGGGACAUCGUGGUCACUGAGUCUGGAAGCAGAUAUCUACAAGGUAAUGCUAGUGAUAGUGAUGAUUCUGAUGGGCAAAAGCGGGUGGUUAGAUCUGCUAAAGAUAAGAGGUUUGAGGAGAUGACAGUUACGGUUGAUCAGAUGAAGAAUGCAAUGAAAAUAAAUGACUGGGUUAGCUUGCAAGAGAGUUUUGAUAAGAUUAAUAAACAGCUGGAGAAAGUUAUGCGUGUUACCGAGUCGGACAGAGUUCCGAAUCUUUAUAUCAAGUGUCUUGUUAUGUUGGAGGAUUUCUUAGCGCAAGCUUUGGCUAAUAAGGAAGCAAAAAAGAAAAUGAGUAGUAGUAAUGCCAAGGCUUUGAAUUCAAUGAAACAGAAGCUGAAGAAGAACAAUAAGCAGUAUGAGGAAUUGAUUAAUAAGCAUAGGGAGAAUCCUGAGAGUGAGGAGGAGAAAGAUGAAGAUGAGGAAUCUGAUGAAUCGGGUUCUGAGUUUGAGGACCCAUUGCAGAUUGCUGAGUCGACCGAUGAGGAGGACGAGGGGGAAGAACCAGAGGAUGAUGCUGCUGACGGGGCUUGGGAGAAGAAGCUGAGCAGGAAAGAUAAGUUGAUGGAUAGGGAGUUUAAGAAGGACCCUAGUGAGAUUACCUGGGAUACGGUGAACAAGAAGUUUAAAGAGGUUGUGGCUGCUAGGGGGAGGAAGGGAACUGGAAAGUUUGAACAGGUUGAGCAGCUCACCUUCUUGACAAAGGUUGCCAAGACUCCUGCACAGAAGCUCGAGAUCCUUUUCAGUGUUAUCUCUGCCCAGUUUGAUGUCAAUCCGGGUCUUAGUGGACACAUGCCUAUAAAUGUGUGGAAGAAGUGUGUGCAGAAUAUGCUUGUCAUAUUGGACAUUCUUGUUCAGUACCCUAACAUCGUGGUUGAUGAUAUGGUUGAGCCUGAUGAGAAUGAAACACAGAAGGGAGCAGACUAUAAUGGCACAAUCCGUGUUUGGGGAAAUUUGGUGGCCUUCCUUGAGAGAAUAGAUAAUGAGUUCUUCAAGAGCUUGCAGUGCAUUGAUCCACACACGCGUGAAUAUGUUGAAAGACUGAGAGAUGAACCUAUGUUUUUGGUCCUUGCUCAGAAUGUCCAGGAGUAUUUUGAGCGUAGUGGUGAUUUGAAAUCUGCUGCUAAAGUUGCUCUAAGGCGUGUUGAACUCGUCUAUUAUAAGCCUCAAGAGGUUUAUGAUGCUAUGAGGAAACUGGCUGAGCUAUCAGAAGAUGCUGAUGGAGAAAAAGAUGGUGAUGAGCCUAAAGUGGAGGAAAGUCGGGGUCCAUCUGCAUUUGUUGUCACUCCAGAGCUUGUGUCUCGGAAGCCUUCCUUCCCUGAGAAUAGUAGAGCAUUGAUGGAUAUCCUAGUGUCUCUCAUAUACAAAAGUGGAGAUGACCGGACCAAAGCCCGUGCUAUGCUUUGUGAUAUUUAUCACCAUGCUCUUUUUGAUGAGUUUUCAGUAGCUCGUGAUUUGCUGCUGAUGAGUCAUUUGCAGGAUAAAAUUCAGCAUAUGGAUGUUUCAACACAGAUACUUUUUAACCGGGCAAUGGCACAGGUUGGACUUUGUGCCGUCCGAGUUGGACUAAUUGCUGAAGGACAUGGCUGCCUUUCCGAACUGUAUUCUGGUGGGAGAGUGAAGGAAUUGCUUGCACAAGGUGUCUCACAAAGUCGAUAUCAUGAGAAGACUCCAGAACAGGAAAGGUUGGAAAGGAGGCGCCAGAUGCCCUACCAUAUGCACAUCAACCUUGAGCUUCUGGAGGCUGUGCAUUUGAUAUGUGCAAUGCUGCUUGAGGUGCCUAACAUGGCAGCCAACACUCUUGAUGCCAAACGGAAGGUGAUAAGUAAGACAUUUAGGCGGUUGCUUGAGAUGAGUGAGAGGCAGACAUUUACAGGACCCCCGGAAAAUGUGCGGGACCAUGUAAUGGCUGCCACCAGAGCCCUUUGCAGGGGAGAUUUCCAGAAGGCCUUUGAUGUCAUUAAUUCCCUUGAUGUUUGGAAGCUUCUUAGAAAUCGGGAGAAUGUGCUCGACAUGCUGAAAGCCAAGAUCAAGGAAGAGGCUUUGAGGACUUACCUGUUUACUUACUGCUCAUCCUAUGAUUCGCUAAGCUUGGACCAGCUCACAAAAAUGUUUGACCUUUCAGAUUCCCAGACUCAUAGCAUAGUUAGCAAGAUGAUGAUAAAUGAAGAGCUCCAUGCAAGUUGGGACCAGCCAACGCGGUGCAUUGUCUUCUAUGAUGUUGAGCACUCAAGGUUGCAGGCUUUGGCAUUCCAGCUGACAGAGAAGCUUUCAGUACUUGCUGAAAGUAACGAAAGGGCAGUAGAGGCAAGAAUUGGUGGUGGUGGAUUGGAUCUGCCAUUAAGGCGGCGAGAUAACCAGGAAUUUGCUGCUGGGACAGCUGCCGUUGGUAGGUGGCAAGACUUGCCCUUCACACAGGGAAGGCAAGGUAGUUCUGGGCGUUCGGGAUACAGUGCUGGUGGUAGACCAUUGGCAUUAGGACAGACUGCUGGAGGUGGUUAUUCAAGGGAUCGGUCAGGUCAAUCAAGAGGACUAGGUGGAUAUUCUGGGAGAACAGGUUUGGGAAUGAGAGGUUCCCAGAUGGAUGCUUCAGCUCGCAUGGUCAAUCUCCACCGGGGUGUUCGAGGUUGA